GUUUUGCAAUUUUUAUUGGACAAGUACAGACUUAAAUACGGAGAUUUCUUUCCUCCAGGAAGUAAGUGUGCAUUAUAUUAAACUCGUUUUAAGUCCUGAAAAUUCAGCUUAUUCGAAUAAUUGGAAUAGUUUCUUUUCAGUUAAAAUUCUUUUAACCCUCUGACGUACAAGGGGUAAAGGGGGGUUGCCACCCCUCCCUAAGGUUUUUCUGCAUUUUUUCCUAGAGGGUAAGACAUCAGCACCAGACGUUUUUAGUACUGUGCUGUUCGUGUAUAACUCGCGCACAUUUUGAGUCAAGUUCAGUGAUGGUCAAUUUCUGUGGUUACGAGAUAUGACGUCAUAAGUAGCAGGUGAUCAAGCCAUUUUGAGUGAAAAUGCAUGUUUUUUCAACUUCUUUCAACAAUAAAAGUAAAUCUUGUGGCUAAAAUCAUGCAAAGUGCUUAUUUAUGUGUUAUUUUUCCUGUCAAGCACAAAAACUCACCAUUUCGAGCUGUUUUAACCUGAGUUCUGAUACUUGGUAAAAUCCAAGAUGGCGACUAUUGUUGGCGACGUCACAGGCCUCCAGCAGCGCCACCACCCAUGAAACAUACCUCAUCUUCUUAAGGUGACUCGACCCAGUAAUUUUGUGAGGGUACCAUCCUACUUUGAAGCUCUUCUGUAUCCUCACCUUUACUUUGAUCGUAAGUCUAACAUAUAGCAUGGAUAAUAUAUAGAUCAACCUAUAAUACAGCAUAAAAUUUUUAGUGAUCGGAGUAAAUGUCACGUGGUUAUAGUGCUACGCCUGUUUGGGGUGUGAGUCGAAAUUCUGCCGUUGCCGGCAGUUUUUCGUGAAAAUCUCAAGGGUACAUAUAGUGUGCAUUAGUACCUUGCGUUGAACAGAGUUUCACCAAAAUCGCAAAGACUCAAUGCGAGAACUUCCGCGGUUUCCAAAUUUAGGUAAUAAUUUAUGUGAAAAUGAUAAGCAAACUUUACACGAUUAUAGCUAAUAAACUAUGAGAUUUAUCCCUUUAUUUUGGGGAUCUUUACAACAGAUAGGUCCUUGCAAGUCAGCAAAAAGCUUUAGGGGCUUGUAAAUGCGUGCGAUUUCAAUCAAUUUUUUCAAUGCCUAUGAAAUUCAGAAUCCGGGUAGUUAGUUAAUCAAUUGUGGCCCUGAAAAAAAUUGAAGGGAAAGAAAUAGGAAUUUUUUAAGAAAAUACUUUUUUUGUGAGAAAGACUUUUAAACGCUGACAAACGUAAACAAAUAGCUAAAACUAUAGUUUCUAUAUGUUCGCAUUGCUCGAAAUCGCGCGCAUUUACAAGGCUCUAAAGCUUUUUGCUGACUUGUAAGGACCCAUCUGUUAUAUAAAGAUCCCCAAAAUAAAGGGGUAAAUGUCAUAGUUCAUUAGAUAUAAUCGUGUACAGUCUGCUCAUCAUUUCCACAUAAAUUAUGACCUAAAUUUGGAAACCGCGGAAUUUCUCGCAUCGAUUCUGUGCUAUUUGGUGAAACUCUGCUCAACGCAAGGCACCAAUGCGCACUAUAUGUAGCCGAGAGAUUUUCACGAAAAAAAACCGGCAAUAGCUGAAUUUCGACUAAUAGUCAGGUCUCUUAAGGUCAGGAUCGUUACAGAGUUGACAAAAGCAGCAAACUUUCCACAGCGAUAGCUUAUUACAGUACCAUGAAUAUUAGAGGGGGCGCCCAAUGCAAAUAUGCCGCUGAAGCGUGCUAAACAGGAUUUAAUUAUUGUAAAUUUCACUUGCUGGGGUCCCUGUGGUGUUUUCAUUGAAAAUUGUUAUUUAAUACCUUAAAUUACUCAGAAUGCUAUUCUCAAGUUGUAAACAACAAUUUCACUCCAACAUCUGGCAUUCCCAUUCAUUAUUAGUUCAUUGAUUGUAUAAUUAAGUUGAUUAUUAUUGUGCCCUUAAAGCAAGUCCACAGUCCGCGCACAUUUUCGUAAGUCAUUUCUAAGAUGGCCUCGUCUUUGCUUCAUAACUUGCAAGUACUUAGCUUCUGGGGUUCUCUUCUCCUUUUCUAAUGUAUUUCAGUUAGAGGAGGCCUUAUUGUGUGGCUUAAGCCCUAUUUAUCAAGUAUUACUUGUCUUUACAUGUCACUUUAAACUAAAAAAAGAGUAUGGCAUAGCGAUUCACACACAAAAUUUCAGAAAAAAGAAAUUGUCAAAGAGUCUGUUGUAUCACAUAUUAUCAGGGAUUUAUGACAGCUGUUCAUGAAGAGCAAAUAACGAAAUUACAGAACCCAAAAUAGUUCUUUCCUAAGGAGGUAAUUAAUUUUUCAGCUUAACAUAGGCCUGGAUGCCUUUCAGUCUCUCUUUAUCUGCUGGACGCAGAGUCAUAUCAUUUACAAUUCCCGCGGUUUGGCUAAGCUUUACAAAGCGAAAACAAACAAAAACGAAUCUGGUCUCAUAAACAAAAAAAAGAAACAAGUUAGCCCAAGCUUCAAAAAGAACACAGUUUAUCAUGAAGCCUCUACAUUUGGCACUGAAGCACUCAUGUCCAAAAAUAAUAACAGCUUAUCAAGUCGUAAAAGUGAGACUCAAGUGGUACAAAAUUGACUCAAACUGCGGAAACUGUAGAAAGAGGGCCGGGCUAACUUUUAGGGCCUGUUUACAUGGAGGAGGGAGACCCCAGGUAGGCAUGGUAACCCACUUACGUGGGGUAACCCGCCUGUUCAUAUAAUCUCUCAUUUUAAUAUGAGCACGUUUACAUGAUAGGUGGGGUGACUCUUCGAGGUGGGUAGCCCGGUCUGCCACAUCGGGUAACCCUCUCAGCGGAGGUAAAAUUUUGCCAUGUCAACGUUUCAAGGUGAGGUAACCCAGGCUAGUCGGGGUCGGAUUCGUCAUACAUCAACUUCGCACAAAAUUCACUUUGGCGCCGGGUGGCUUCACAUAAUUAUUGAAGGUAACAAUAGAAAAUCACAACACUGAAGGUUGCAGUAAGAGCAGAGCGUAGACGUGGUUUGCCAGCAUUUUUCUUGUUUACGUGCUUAGCGACCAUUCAAUAAUCUUGAGAAAGUGCACCACAGGAUGGCGGGGUUGUAAGAUUGCAUGUAGAGGAGGGUUAUUUUUUUACCCUACCUAAGCAGGUUACCUCACCUACCUGGGGUCCCCCCCCUUUAUGUUACAGUCAAGCCAGGUCAGGCGUACCCCCCAAAAUUCCAUUAAUGAAUUUAUUAUUCGAAAGUUGAGUCCGUUGGCAGUUGUAGAUUUCAGAUUCAUCUCUACAUUCUUGCAUGCGUAAUGAGCCGUGAAUUCGCACGCGAUUCAGUUACGAAAUUUCUACCAGCUCAGUUUCCCUGAAUUUAAUGUAAAUGUCUUCUAAGAAUUUUAAUUCAUUCAAAGAUUUUCAAUCUGACCAAAUACAGACAAGUUCUUGUAAAUUUCUCACUGCUCAUUACGCAUGCAGUAAUUCCGAUUUGAAUUUGACACCAGUUACGGGAACAACUAAGGGAUUCAUUUUUCAAAUAAUCAAUUCAUUAAUAGAAUCUUGGGGGAUACGCUUGACCUGUUUUGACUGUAACAGGAACCGUGAAACUGGUAAUAAAGGGUGUACCUAACCCGCGACUAGCUGUGAUACUAUUUCCAUCUUCAUAAAACGUCAGCAUAGCAGCCAAAGGAGCCAUUAUAUCAGUGUAACACGAAUAUUAGAUUGCGGUUGUUUCAUGCGUCUCGUUUUCUGACCUUUUUGGGUUCGUUUUUGUCACCAUCUCUAAAUUUCAAUCAUGUUCAAAACACCGCUACUAACAAAAUAUUUCGUAAAGCUCUUUAGAAUGAUAUUCAGCAAUAAAAACAAGGUGUGACCAGGAGCCGAUUUCUACGCUCCUGCUGUGGCAACAUAAGCAUAACUGAAUGCAAAGUUUUGCGGUACGUAAUCUGUCAGAAAUCUGUUUGAGUGGUCAAAGUUGAGGCUGAUGGGCUUCUUUAUCAUAACCACUCCAUUAUUAUAAGGGACCAGGCCAUAAUUAUUGUUGACCCUUGCUUUUUUUGGUAUUUUCUGUAAUUUUCCACAGCAUUAUUUUGUGAAAAGUUGGUAAUUGAAUUGCUCUUGAGGAAUUCAUGAUUGUAAGGUCUCGUAACCACGGGGUAUUCGCCUAAUUGUAUCAAACAAAUUACAUUCAUUUUCAUAAAUGAUGCAUCAUUGGUUGGCUAAAAGAGGUCUUGUUCCUGCAACUUGUCUUCUGAACUUAGUUUGUUUGUAAACUGUAACGCACGCGACGACCUUCCUUUUUUUUUUUUGAAAGAUCGUAUAGACCUACCAUUAACACUCUGGUGCGAGGGCUCUGAAGUGAAUGAGCUCCUUUCAGGCGUCUAGGCAUGCAGGGACCUCAUACACUUAUUUUUAAAUACAAAUGUGUAAAAAAUAAAGAGUGUUAAAAAUUCCUGGAGAGACAUGUUUUACAACCUCCUUCCCAGGGCUUAAUAAAAAGGUAGAAAAAGGUAAAACGACCAUAUUUUACGUCAAUAACUCGUGACAGUAAUAAUAACGGAUAAACUUGAGGUCGACGGUGCGCUCCUUUUACCCCCCUCUCUCCAUUAAUGCUCCGUUUUAAGGGUAUUUAAAGCUAGUCAAAGCUACACAGAAAGGAGAGAAGUUGAAAUAAGGAUAUGUUGACACUGGGGAUCGAACUUGGGACCUUGCGCACCGAAGGCUGCGCAUGCACUAACCAACUGUGCCACCCUUACUCCUCCUUUUCCCCCUGAGGACGAGGUUGACAUGUUUUAAUCAUUAUCUCAAGAACAGGGUUACCAACGAAGCAAAUUAUAAUCUAAUCUUAGCUGCACAAUUACAAAGUGGGCGCGUUGUCAGUUACGGUUCAAUAGGUCGUUCGUGUGGUAUGUCAAUUUAACGAUUUUAUCGUCUAGGAUGUGAUACAUUUUGGUUUUAUGUUAUUGUAUGACAUCUUUGAAAGCUGGCUUUGUGAUCAGUUUAAAUUGAUAUGUAAUGAUAUUAUACUUAGCAGUGACACUGAUAGCCGCACAGUGAACAUGGCCACACUUACCGUGUGGAGACUGGGCACUAGACAGUAUUAUGUACAUAUAAAACUGUUUUGGAUAGUGUAAUAGCAACUAAACAUUACCAAAUUAAAAACUUAAAAAUUUGAAACAAAUGUUUUUCAGCCAAAUCAAACAAGAAGAGUACUCAUCACAGGGAGUCCAAUCUGCUAUUAUAGGUGAAGUGUUAACCCCCCUUUUUUUAUCUGUAAUUAGGACCAUUUGUAACGGGCACUCCCUCCAGUAUUAAUCGGCAGGUGCUAAGGAAGCUCUGUGAAAUUUGACACUUUUGUCACGUCUGUAACGAUCUGGCCUAUAUUUUGCACUAAGAGACCUGACUAUAAGACCCAAAGAGGCGUGGCACUAUAACCACGUGACAUUUACUCCAAUCGCCAAAAUUUUUAUGCUAUAUUGUAGAUUGAUUUAUAUAUUAUCCAUGCUAUAUGUUAGACUUACGAUCAAAGUAAAGGUGGGGAUACCAGAGAGCUUCAAAGUAGGAUGGUACCCUCAGAAAAUAACUGGGUCCAGUCACCUUAAGAAGAUCAAAGGCUUCGUUUCCAAAUACUGCAACAUAUCAAAACCUCUAGAGGGAUUCCUCCCGUAUUCCUUGUACCACGGUCGGGGUAUAAAUUUGCGUGUACGUCCGGGGGUUAACUGAUCAAAGAAACUAUUAGGAGCCGGCCCAUAUGAUUACCUUUCUUAUUACAUGUACAUUCAGAUAAAAUCGACCAGAUACUUGACGAUGCAGAGAAUACUGAAAACAUGGUUAAUCAGAUUCUUUACCGAACCUUCACGUAUCAAAAAUGUCAUGACAAAGGUCUUCUUCCUACCGGUGCAGAGGUAACUAUACCAUUUUAGUAUUGAUUAUUUGAAACAUGGUCAGGGCAGGGGAAGGCAGAAACGGGAAGAAAAAAAUAGCACAACAAAGUGCGACUGAAAAAAAAAACAUGCAAACCGACAGGGCUGAAUAACGUACUGCGCAUGUCCUGUGACAACACUUGUUUACUAAGCGUAGUCGCGCGAGGGAUGCACUUUCAUCUGAUAAGCUCAUUUGUGAGUGCUAACGACGAAGAAUACGUUAGAAGUGCAAGUUUUGUUAAGGAAUGUUAAGUAAACCAGGGAUCAAGGAAAACGCUUUUGACCGUCUCGGUGAGGUGUUUCAUUGUUUUGAUCGUAAGUUUUAGGGACCGGCCAUUAUUUAUCGCCUUGGGGAAGGGGGGCGGAGGAUUUUAGUGCGCAUCACUUGAUUUUUGGGAGAAAAAAAGGGGGAUCAGUCGCAACUGAGAAUCCAAAAGGGGGGAUCGCUGAAAACUUUGGAAGGAUUCAGAGGGAGGGGGGCACUCACAUUUUCUUGGAAAAUGAAGACGGGGGGGGGAGUCGCGAAAGUCAUCAAAAGUUAUUAGAGGGGAUCACUUCAGUGAAGUAACGUUCAAAGAGGGGGUUGGCUAAAUGUCAACUUGUUUAGGCCAAAAUUUUCCCCCCCCCCAGCCGAUAAAUAAUGACUGGUCCCUUCGAAGAAAGAUGACUGAGAUAAAAAGAGCACUGCUGGCGUUUUGGCGACUUUUCUCACAUGGUACGAAAACGAUUUACUCUAAUACUACCUUACCACGUUUGAAGAAGAGCAAAUCUAACUUUGUAAUAUAGCCGAGCAAUGACUCUAGUGGGUCGUUCCUUGGUGGCACGAAAGCAGGCAAUAAGCGUAAUGAUGAAGUCGGACACAGGAAUUACGCUUAAUUAAUUCAAGCUUUUAAACAUACACAAAUGUUGGUGCGAUCAAAGAAGACUUUUCUUACAUAUAGUUUAUAUUUGCAGAGGAAGGAUACCAAAAUCAUUUCGGUAGAGGUAGUCGUCUAUGUACUACUAACAGUUACAUCUACAAUCAUAAACAAAAGUCUUGGGUCACUUUUGCAUUUCUGGGACGUUUUCCAAUUCACCCAGGUCCAACUCCUCCCCUCAGCCCACAAACAAUGUUGGACGCGUGUAUCCAGAAUUUUUUUCCGUGUUUCAACUUUGUAUAGGGUGGGGGAGCAAAAACUGCAAGAAAAUUUCGAAAAAAGAGGGAACCGAGAAAUGACAGAAAAAUAUGAAUAUUGCAGUAUUGUCCCAAGGACUUUUGUCCAGGAUUGUCUGUGAAUCCUGGUUUUGGGAAGAAAGUCCGUUUUCUUCAUUUUUCCUUAGCUUUCUGGGCAUUUUAGAGACAAGUAGGUGUUCACAUGCAAUAAGAAAGACCUUUGAAACUAUUUUCUCAACAUAGCAAGUUUUUACAAGGCAAUUGCCUCAUUUCCCAUAUCGGUCCAAUUCCCCUAAGCUGGUGCCGAGUACAGCAGAAGUUGGUCAUGGACGAUCUGUCGAGCAUCGCGCAUAGUACUCGGUCACAAAAACACAGUGUAUUAUCAAUAUUCGCUACAAAUUAACUAAGAAACACGGAUAAGGUAUAUUUCAACCACAAAAAAUCUCCUCUCCUGACGGUAAAAUACACCGACACACAGAUGAAAAGUGGAAGUUAAAGAAAAUACUAAGCUGCCGUUUUGAAGAAAAAAAGACAAAAGAUCAAGAGACAAAUUUGCCCUGGAUGAAUUAAUCACUGUUUUCCUGACGGUUAGAAUCGGCUGAAGGAAAUCGAGCGAUCGAAGAUUUAAGGUACAUUUUGUGUGAUUUUUAUAGAAGAGAAAGUCUGUUUGAAAUGUAAAUUUAUCAAUUAGCAUUGUAUCAUUGACUUUUUGGUCAAGCUGAUGCUAAAUUCAAGCAAAUCUUUUAGGCAACAAGCUCAAACUUGAGACAGCUUUGUUGUGAAGUUUUCAUCUCAUCGAUUAAAAAUUUUACUUGAGUUUAAACGGGUACAUUACGCUGGAAUAAGCGAAUUUCAUUUGAGUACAGAAACAUUUGGGUUUUCAAAUAAAUUUUUCAAAAAAUAACUUCUGUGUGUAUUAUUUUGUUCCUCAGUGUUCAUUCAUAACGGUCGUUCAGAGAACGGUCGAAAAACAAUAGCUUCAGCGCCGGCUUUGUGUCGGCGAAUUUCAUUUGCAACUUUGACUUUCAUAGCUGGAUUUCCCCAGACAGAUUUCGAUACAAAGCUAGUUAAUUUCUUUUUAAAAUUAGUGUUACCUGUUAUUCUAAAGGAAUUACAGUCAGAUUUUCUCAUUUCUACUUUACGUUUAUUUCAAAAACUGUCACAAAAAUAAGCUUUAUAAUUAUUUCAUUUAUUUAUUUUUAGCUUAUUUUUUAGAGUCUUUUUAGUUGGUGUUUAUAGUUGCAGCCAUAGUUUUCCCUUAAAGUUUUUACCCUAAUAUAAAGAGCAAGUAGACAGCAUACAGAUGGCAGCAUACACGAACUCGGACCGAUGACUCAACCAAAGGCAAAUGGAAAAUAAUGUUUUUCUCUUUUGAUUAUGUUAUAAAAGAAAUGGUAAACGUUGCAGCUGUGCAACAAUGGAGUUAUGGAUGCACUUGAGAGGUUUGCUAAGCACUCAAGAAGCUAGAGUCGCGCUCGGCUAUCGCCUCGUGCGACUCUUACGCUUCUUUCGUGCUUAGCAACCUCCCGCGUGCAUCCAUAACUCCAUGGUUGCACGCUGCACGUUUACCAUUUCUAAAGUGAGUACUGUGACUAAAGAGCUGGAAAUUGCGUUUUCGCUGUAAAUAAAGGCGUCAAAAGAUGUAUCUAAAGGUAAUUUUUCUCUCACCAUCCCUGAGAUGUUAAGAUUCUAUAGAAAAAACACACACUAUUAUGGUUUUAGAGUGAGUACUGUUGGUGAGUUCCGUCGAGCUAUGUAAAUCAGUUCAAAGUAAACUAACUUGGUUAUUUACUUAGUUCGUGACAAAUAUCACGCAAAGUAAUUUUUGUUAGCAGAUAAACACUGAUAAAUAUUAGCAACACUUUCAAACAAAAAGGGAUGCGGUACAAUUCUCGUGAAGUGAGCGACAAACUGUUUUGUCAUGAACCAGGCGUAUUAUUAAACAACCGCUUUUUUCUUACAUCACCACUGCAUUACCUCCUGUCUAAUUUUUUGUGUUGUACAAAUGCCGGAAGGCUAUUUACAUCGCUUAAUAUCUUUUCACGGCCGUUCUAUCUUUUGGAAAACGUUGCUAUUUUCUCUGCCAAGCCUACUGGAUUUUUUUUUGACAUUGGUGCUCAUAUUGAGUACUGGCGAAUGUAAUGUCAGGGGCACCCAGCGACAGUUUCCUCCUAAAUGCUUUGAACACACUUCUUAGCCUAUCCAGAGUACUUUUAGAUCUCUAGAAUAAGCCAUAGAAGCGGCGCUGUAAGAUUUGUAUCUGUUCGGUCAUCGUAGGGGAACUUGAGCCUUUUCGAAAUUUCAAGGCCUUGAAUAUUAUUUUCCUGAAAAUGUUCGAUGAAAUUUGUGACGAAAGUGAGACAUUUUCUAAUUCCUCUCUCCAUCAUUUUUGAAUCAGAAAAUUUUAGGAUUCGUUUUUUCUAACUUGGGAAGUAGAAUGCGAAAAUUAAACUUCAGAAAAUCGUAGGGAAGUUAUGAGAUAAGAUUCGAAAAUUGUACAGGAAUGGAACGGUCAUCUAAAAAUUUUUAGCCGUCCUCAAGUAAAUAGAAAAUUCUAUAGGAAAAUUCACUACCUGACUCGUGAAUUCCGUGUUAAAUUGCACCGAUGUCGGUUUUCAAGUGCAAUGUAACGCGGAAUUCACGUGUCAGGUAAUGGAUUUUCCUUGAAUCGCAUAAUUCAAUAUUAAAAAAUAGCAAAAAAAAGAAAACAGCAAUAGUAUUGUUUGUUUUUAUCCUGAGCACGCGCCCCAGAAAGCCAUUUCAAAGUCAACUGUCAGGACUGUCCUUGCGUUAGCGAAUAGGAAGCAAGGUCAGUCGUACACGUUUGAACCUUGACAACUUUAUUUGUACCUUGUGCUUGUUUUUACAUUUGUUUUCAAACUUUUUAAAAAAGCUUCAAACUAAUCUCAAGGAUAAAUAGUGGUGUUUCACUGAAUUUACAAGCCGUUUAUCUAUAACAUCUUUUUUCAAAUUUCCAAAUCAUUUGCUCGAGACUGAAAGAAAUGAAGUGUCCAAGCGAAAGCACUGAAAGUUUAAGAUGGCGAUUAAUAUAAGGUAAGUACCUUGAAAUGUAAAUACGUGCUGAUUGUUACUUCUCCGUCUUGUUUGUUUGAACUUUUCCUUGCCAUCUUCUGGGCCGUAUUCACCGGAUUUUCUUGCUUUCUCGUUGUCACGAACGAAAGAAGUUUUUUAAUGCCUCUCCAAGAAUUUGCAGUUCAGUUGAAAACAAGGAAGAACCUCCGGCUCAGUUUGAAAAACGCUUUUGUUUGUUUUUGGCUCUUCAAAGAGUGGCAAUGGUUUUGAAAACAUUUUAAAAUGACAGUAUAGAAAAACCUUUUUUACAGUUGUUGUGUUAGAAUUUGACGAUGUUGUUACGUAGAUGUGAAACAAUAUCACUUAUCCUCGUUUUCACCUCGCAAAUCCACGCUAAAUACUUCGCUUCGUUAACCAAUCAGAAUGCGAGAUUUCAUUCAAUUAUGCGAUUCUAGGCAAUAUUUACUUCUCCGAAAAGAUAUUUUACAGAAAACAGUGGCUGGGUGCCGCUGUAAUGUUGACAUCUCUGAGCAACUUUUAUACCAGGUAAAGGACCUCGUCCACGACUCUAGCUCUUUGGCAUGCCGAAAUUCUUACUGUGUACACCAUAAUGUUAGUAACUCUUUGCUUCCCUUGACCGCUUUCGGAAGUGAGUAUUGUUUAAAAGUUAUGUUAUCCUUUGGAAUAAAGCACGUGCUAUGAGAUACCACAAUUUCUGGUGUAUAUCAUUCGUUUCCAACGAAUUCUUCAAACAUGUUCAGAAAACUCCGAAAAGCUGGGAAAAGGUUUGUUCAAUUACGAUCUUUCAUCACAAACCCGAAAAAAACACUUUUACAGGCUUGAAAAGCCCUCACAAUUGCCUUUUUUCUUCCCACCUCUUGUUCAGACAAGCAUGGGGAAAAGCGUUUCUGGGACUACUAUUAUGCACAACUAUAGGGAUCAUUGUGAUGCAAAUGGCUUGGAUUGUUGGGGGACAUUUCGUGAUAUGUUAUAUACUUCGUGGUAUCUUCGGGUGAUUCGUGAUUUAUUCGUGGUAUCUUCGUGUUAUUGAUUGGUUAUCGAUUGAUUGGAUGUUAAUGAGUCGUAGAAGAAGAAAUUUAAAAGUAGAGUACGGGUUAGUGUUGGGCUCUCCAACCUCCGGAUCUGUUUUGACCUAGCGCUUAUCCCACCUAGGCUACCCAGGAAUUGAUACAAACUUAAAGAGACAUGAAGGUAUUGAUAGUAACGGGUUGACGUCAUACUCUUAAUAGAUGCGAGUUUAUACAUGUGUCUUUGUGUUGCGUGGUGGACUUGUGGGAGCAGUCAUGAAAAAGGGCAACGCGCAUGCGCGGUAAUGAAAAAAAGCAUUUCUUGAGCCAUGAGACAAUAUAUCUUAUGGUUCAAGAAAUGCGACGCCUCGGCCGGGAAUCGAACCCCGAUCUUCUGCGUGACAAACAAAGAUUUUACCAUUAUACUACCGAAGCUUCAACAAGAAGCAGGCAAAAGAUAAAGUUAAAAAGUUUAUUCUGUGAAAUAUAAUAGUUUUUUUACGAGAUCGUCUAGAUGCUCUACAUCCAUCAUGACAAAAUCAUCCACUGAAAUGGAUAAACUGCGUUUAAAAAGUUCGUUUACUUCUAAUAAUGCAUCUAAAAAGUCAUAAAUGUCCCGCAUACCCAGAAUGGCGGUUCUUGCUAAAUAUGUGGGUUUGGCAAUGUGUUCCUCGGACAUUUGUUCACAGGCUUGAAACUGUUCUUUGUUCUGAUUGUACCAGUACCAAAUGUCGCAAAUACAAGAUCUUUUUCAUCAGUUUUGCAAAUUCAAAGACCCAUCCUGUUGUUCCAUGCAUCAUGUCACUUGACGUUUGAAAACAGCCAAACGUUAGUGUCAUAUCAGAGUUCUUGACGACAUGAUAGUUUCGAUGAAUUUACUGUUAGCUGAUGGGACUUGAAAGUGAUUGGUUAAGACGUGAAGCAACUUGUUGAGUCAUAGGAAUGGCUUCAACUAGCGUAGCACGGCUUAAAGGGACAAGUGACUUGCUUCUUGGAUGGCGAGUGGGAAUAUGUACAUCCACUUGUAAUCCGUGAUCUUGAGCGAGUUUUUCUGCUUCUAAAUCAACGCCUAAUGCACCUCCACUUACAAUCGUAAACAUGAUGGUUAGAAUUGCACUGCACUGCACUGUGUUUUAUACCUCUAUGGUAUUGACGUCAUCGAGCAAGCUUGGUCCCAGCAGUGGUCAACGUCACGUAGGCAAUGGCGUUUUCGCAGAGAUCUUGAAACAUGGUUUUGCUUAACUUACACAAAUGAUAGUUUUAUCAAAGGUCAAAUUGAAAUCAGUGAUGCCUCUAGUAAUCAACCUUUCUAAAUACUUUUUGUAGGCUGAAAAAUCACACGGUUUCUCUUCUUCCAUGAGUUGAUCCAUGUCUCGUCACUGAGAAAUGACGCUUUACGUAAGUUGAACACCUACUUGCAAUCCUUUGACGUCACUGCCUAAACAUGCCCAACUCAUAAAAGACAUGACAUACGUUCAUUGACGUCAUUGCGUAAAUUGACGCCAUCUCCUAAGGCAAAUAAAAAAGACAUGAUGUGCAGUGAUAUUCAUUCUUCAAAAUGAAUCGUACGGCAGCUAAACCUGCUCCAGUCAAAGCGCACAAGAAGAAAAAGAAGAUUUCUUUAGAACCAACGGUCAUCGUGCCUGAGUCACCUGAACUCAACACUGCCAUUAGCACAAUCGAUGACAUUCCAGACAGUCAAUCGACGGGAGAGAUGUUUCAGAAUGCCAUGGGAAAGACGGAGAAGUUAGAAAAGCCACUGACAGAGCCAGAUUUUAGCCAUUGCUGGGGAUUUAAAGCAUGGACUUCACCCAAGUUCAGUGAAGCCGAUAAAGCUUUCCUAAAAGAUUUCCCGGAAAAAGAGCAAGAGCCUACCACAGGAGAAAGUUUUCUCAAAACGAUGGCACGAGAAGCUAACACUUUCAAAGCAAAUGAAGACCUUACAAAAGAAUGGACACCACCCAAGUACACUACAGGAGAUAAAAUUUUUCUACAAAAUUACCUUGAACCAGGAGAUGUAAAAACAAUUGAAGCCAACAACCCGUUAAUGGUGAAAAGGUUGAAACUAUUGUAGAAGAUUUACCCUCCUUUGAAGACAUGAAAGGUUUACCACCAGUGAAAACACUGGAAGAAGUGGAAUUGGAGACCUACCUUGCUCAAGAAGAAGUACCUCUUCAUACCCAGUUUUUAGUGAAUGAAAAGGGAAUAUGUCCUGUCUACUUUGGCUCGUAUGAAGACAAACAAAGAGUUGCACACGCUUUGUGCACAGAGCUUCAUCUCAAAGUGUUAUCCAAAUGGGGGACUAUUUCCUGCCAUUGUGGAAUUGUACCAAGGAUCAAACUUAGCAAAACCCCAAGAAAUAUGCAUAAAGUAUUUCUAUGCUGUGAAAGAUAUCAAAACCCCUGCAAGUAUUUCCAGUGGAUUCAUCAACCGCUGAAACCGACCUGUCUUCCCAAGAGUGCUACAACAUCAGCUGUUAAAAAGCGGCUAAAUGACAUGGUGAAAGAGAUGAACACAAAGCGGCAGAAAACAAAGCAAGAACCAGUAGGAGGCUUUACUUUUCCAUAAGUUGUAAAAAAUUGAGUAAAAUAAAAACACGAUUGAACCAAACACUAUGUGUUUGUUUUUAAGUACGUGACGGGCUGGGCGGGCUUGCCUCAACAUGUACAUGUCCAUCUCCUUGGGGAAUUGAAAUGACGAAUUGAAACAAGUCUCUAUAAAAAACAGUUUGAUUUCAGUCAUUUUACCUUCCACUCGAAAGACAUCAAGAUGACAUCGGUGCUGAGUUUUUUCAAGAUACCAACCCUCUUCUAUCAGAUUUUCUAUUAACAGACGAAGGAAGAUGACAAAUCAAAAGCGGUAGUUGGGGUACUCGAGGUCAGACAUGUCCACGCUAUCAUGGAAAAUUUGAAGAUAAAGUAAAAGUCUAUUAUGCCCUCAAAGAGGCGAUGAAUCCUGAACUUCGUGCGCAAUGGGGAACCAUUCGAUGUCACUGUAACUUCAUUUCCAAGAUGCGGCUCAGUAAAACAGCUAGAAACAUGAACAAAGUGUUUUUAACUUGUGGUGCCAGAAGACCUUGCAAGUAUUUUCAAUGGAUUCAUACACCAACAUAUCCAGCCAACCUGUACCUGAAUGGUUAAAGAGAUUGACAGCAACUCCUGAUGAGAAUCGUCGGGCCUUCAAACAGAGACCCAUGAAAUCCGUGAACCUGUCACAAAACAAUGAAUUAUUUUUACAGAAAAGACACCAGUACCAGCAACCAUAUGAUACCUUCCUUUGAGCCAACACCCAUAAGUCCCAACCACGAAUCCUUUUACAGAAAGGAUACAUAUGUGAGCAACCAUAUGAUUCCUGAAGAGCAGAGGCUGAAACAGUUUGGCGAAAGUGCCAAAAACAAGAAAGAGGAGCUAGAGGCAAGAAAGUGUCUGCCUAAGACGUUCGCUUGGACGGCAGAGGUUGCUGAGUAUUAAAAAAAGAAGGAAACAGCUCAGACAGCUAACAAGCAGAGAAAACCUAGAUGGUUGCCAGAAAAACACGCGAGUUUGGUCACGUUUCAAGACCAAUUAAAGAACAAGGAGGAACAAAGAAAACGCGUACACCUUGGGACCCAACCUACACUUUGAACUGCCUAAAGUCACCUACGAUGGUAGUUCGCUACCAAGAAAUACCGCCAACGAAUAUCCUGGCCAGGAGGUCAUUAUUUAGGGAUCGAACCACAAACCUUUUCUAGUUCAUCGCCGUCGGAGCUAUUCUUAUUGGAAGGAGUUCAAGUUCAUUUUGCUAGACGAGUGCAAUGGAGAUUUAUUAAUCUCAACACCUCCUUCAAUGCUUUGGUCAGACCUGCCAAACGAACCGUCACGGUGUAUUCAGACAUCAUAGAGUCUACGAUUGUUGUUGCACAAAAACAUCCUUUGUUGAGAGAAUUACAACUGGAAAUAACAGGAGAAGGACGUGCCUCGGUGAAACCGUAUCAUCACGAGUGGAUCAAACUACGUAGUAAUCGACUGGAAGUGGUUGAACUCCAAAUUGCUACACCUGAUGGUCCUCUGGCUGUUCUUCCUCCUGGUAAAACGAUUGUCACUUUCGGCAUAGAUCCGCUAUAAAAGAGACAAGGUCAUCAUGGAAUAUCAUUUGCAAAUCAACAUGCGUGGUGGUCCCCUCACUCGGUACUAUACACCCUCCAUGGGAGGAGGUGCUUUAGCCAAUGAUUUGGUGAAAAUUGCUGGACCUGCAAUUUUAAAAAGUGUAGGACAUGGCCUUCAAGCCUUUCGAGAUGGAUCCUCGCUACAGCAAGCCAUGGCCGUGUCUGGGUCGGAACUAAAACGUGGACUUAAACGUAAAUUACCAAAAGCAGCAGGAGUGCUGGCCAAAGCGGCUGUGAAACGAUGAUUUAAAAAGAAAGUCAAACGAGUUCGAGACAUUUUAGGCGUGUAACAAGAUGCCGAAAGCACGCAAAUGACAAUCGAGUAUUAGACAUCAACGAGCGGUAGGACGAUUUCAAUCCCCUUACCAACGUGGUGGGAGUAUUGCUCAAGGGAUGAGUUUGCCAAAUGCACCAAUUAUUUAUCCUUGGAAUCCCUUCGCAAUCUGGUAAUUCCGAGGCACGCAAGUAUAAAAGGAGGCAUCGACGUCGCUAAUACUUACAGUUGUCAUCAUGUCUUUAAACCUCUUUGACGUACCUGAUGUGGACUAUCGUUAUGAAGCCAAACGAUAUGUUCCCUUCAAAACCGGCCAACACAGGCAAACGACCUAUUCUGUUUACUGUCCCUGCCUCGGAUGAUUAUUAUGAUUUGAACGAAAGUCUUUUGGAAGUCAAAGUCCGUCUCAACAAAGCAGGCACAGAAGUGGUAUCGGAUUCAGAAGGGGCUGCUUGGACAGCGAAUGUGACAAAAUAUGUGUAUUGUGUCAACAAUUUUGGACAUACCCUGUUCAAUAAAAUGAACGUUCAUUUCAAAGGAGUCUUGAUGAGUGAACAAAGCAAUGCCUACCAUCAAAAAGCUUACAUAGAAACACUGUUGAACUACAAUCGAGAAGAAGGCAGGACUAUCUUGGCUCCGCAAGGAUGGGUGAAUGGAGUGCAAGUAAAAGAAUAACUCGCUACUGCUAAUGCCAACAAUGAUGAUCAACCCGACACUGCUAACUGUGAUGGAAAAACAGGCUUGAAAGCACUCACUAACCGUUUAUUGGGCAAAGUGUAUCAUACCUUUAUUGUUCGUCUUCACCUGGAAAAGUUUACUCCAUGUCUAGUGCCUGGAGUACAGAUUGAUCUAGAGUUGUUCCUGAACGAUAGCCAGAUGUUUCUGUUUCUGUUAGUAUUGGAAAAAAAGAUUCCUACCCUAGCAGAUGAUUACAUUUAUGUCACGUUGCACAUGCUGAAAGCGACUCUCAAUACUAGUGUCUAUGCUAGACUGCAUAAAGAAAGAAUCCUCAGUAAAACCAAAUUGGUCAAAUAUCCAGUGGUCCGCAGUGAAAUUCAAACCUUUUUCUUUGAUGGGAAAAGUACAAGAUGGGAACAAGAUAAUGUGUCUGUGGGACGUGUCCCUGAUAGAGUGGUUCUUGGUCUGGUCAAUUCUAAAAAUUAUAAUGGUGAUCUCACCUGCUACCCGUUUGCCUAUGAAAAGUUUGGAGUGACCAGAGUACGUGAAACAGUGGAUAGAGAAGAAUACCCUUACAGAGCGUUGGAAAUGGCCGGGAAUACCCAAGCAGAAGAUUUGCUCCGGUACGACCGAAUGCUUACUGCGAUAGGAGCUAAUAAACAACACAAGCCUACCAUGAUUCUUCCCGGUGAUUGGGGACAAGGAAAAAAUUGCACACUCUAUGUUUUCAACAAUGUACCCAGUGGAGAUGCCGAUGACCCUCAUUACAGAAAUCCAGACAAAACAGGCAAUGUGAGGUAUGAGAUUGACUUCCGGGCAGCGGUUGGUUAUAAUAUUACCGUGGUGAUCUGGAGUGAGUAUGAAAACCUAUAUGAGAGCGAUCAGUUCGGUUGCUUUCUUUAUUCUCUCAAUCGCUAAGUCCUGGAGUUUGUGGCUCUCAGUGAUACAGUGCUCAACAUCUUGGCUCGAGAAGAUCCAUUGUUAAGACGUGUGUUUCGAUGGGUGUUUCCCGCAGACAAGUUACCUUUCGUCCCAAAAGGAAGACGUUUUACUGAUGCUUAUAUUUGACAGUUAUGGCUUACCCUUAUCUACUUACAAGAAUCCAGAUUUGCAAGCAUGGUUGGCGCAAUGGAAAUAUAGGAUCAGGAGUGAUAUGACGAUUCAAGCUUUGGACAGUCAAACCUGUGGACAUUAUGCCUUGAUGUUUUUAAAAGCCAAAGCCCUUGGAAGUACCUUUCAAGAUUUUUUAGCCCAAUGGAACAAACAAAAUUUAGUGCUGAAUGAUAGCAUAGUCACUCAAUCAUUAAAACGAUUGAUUAAGGAGGAAUUGUAUGAUAUAGGUUGCCAACGAUCCAAUGUAGCCGCGGAGCAUUUUAUUAUUUACACCCUCAAUAAAAGCAAUGGUGUCAUUUGUAUGAAAGAUGCUCAGUAGGAGUGAUUGUCACAAGGUGUAUGAGGCCUUAGCGUUAGCGGAAGUUCAUUAUUUUUUACAACAUCUCUGGGAAAUUUUUUGUGAAGUGCAGGGGGAUGCGGUCCAUUGGAAACAAGUGGUGGCAUAGCCAGACAACACCAUUAUUGGCAAGCAUUGAAAGAGAACAUGGACAUGAUGGGAGAAACCUAUUUAAGAGAGACAAUGGAAACGUUGAUUCAAUAUGCAUCUCCCGCUUGUAUGAGGAGAUAUGGGUAGAAAACGACGAGUGUCCAGAAAAAAACAACGGGGAGAGGCGAGAUUUCGACGAAAACCACGACCCAUAGAUAAAAUUGCGGAAGGGGUGGCUAUGGGUUUAUCAGGCCCUUCUUCUACCUUUGCGACAGCGGCAGCCUUUUUAAGGAAAAGAAGCAUUCAAGGGUAUAAAAGACAAUGUGCAACACUAUAGAUUGCGAAGAUGAUUCGUCAACCAGCAGGUGUGAUUAUUGCCGGUCCAUCCGGGAGUGAUAAAAGUGGUCUCGUGGAACACUUAUUGAAAGAGAAAAAACUCUUUUACCCUCUUCCAAAAAAGGUUUUGUAUUGUUAUCAUCGAUUGCAACCUACAUUUGAUCACAUGAAACGUCACUCCAAAGUCCAAUUUUACAGAGGUCUCCCUCCAGAAGGGGCGUUAGUGAAAUGGUUUAAGCCCCAAGAUCAAAAAGUUUUAGUGUUGGAUGAUUUGACGGAAGAAGGCAAGAGUGAUAAACGUGUAUUGAACUUAUUUACCGAGGAUUCUCAUCACAGGUGCAUUACAGCACUGUAUUUGACUCAAGGUUUAUUCCCACCAGGCAAAUUUGCUAAAACCAUUAACCGCAAUGCCCACUAUGUCAUUUGCUUUAAAUGUCCACGAGAUAAGACAGGGAUUCGAACACUGUUGUUACAAGUGUUCCCUGAACGAUGGCGUCAACUCCUCAAAUUGUUUUUACGACUCACAGCUUGUCCCUUUGGUUAUUUCACGCUGGAUUUACAUCCUGCCUCGGAUGAUCGUUAUCGAAUAUGGAGUCAUUUAACCAAGAGAGAAGGAACAUCUCAAGUUCAUACGUUUGAUGAAGAUGGGGCUAUAAAUAGACGUCUGUUUAGAAAAAUUGGAGCAUAAUUCAAUCUCCAUGGGAAAAAGACGACAUGUAUCACGUACCUCAAAAGGUAGAAGACAUAGAGCUAGAGUAAAAAGACGGAAAGGGUUUAUUUUUCUCUGUUAGCCCUCGCUCUUCCUGCUUCAGCAGCAGCAGGGAAAGCCGCAGCUCUUGGAGGAGUCAGUGCCGCUGCAGGGUAUGGAGCUAAAAAGGCCAUUGAUGCUGCCUCACGUAGACGUCCUUAGUAUAAAAUUAACCACACGCUACCCAUGUCUAAACAUAUUCAAGAUGGAAGGACGUAUGUCACGUCAAGCGCACUUUUUAAAAAGUGUCUUGAAUGAGGCGAGUGCUCACCAACGUAAGCAACGGUCAAGGUAUGCGAAUACGGAUCAAAACAAUGCAGUGAGUGAACUGGUCAUGAAUACGUUAAAGGCGCGGUUUCUAAGGGGAGACACACCUUAGCCAAACUGCGACCUAAUGUGAAAGAACUUCGUUUGAUAGCCAACUCCCGACAAAGUAUUAAAAGACUUCGUGGUCUCAUGAUGCAUCAAUUAGGAGGAAGUGUGUGGCAGGAAUUGAGAUGCUGCUAUCAUUUCAGUCAACGAGAGUAUAAAUACUAGUUCAUUGAUGGAUUGGGUAAAAACAGUUGAGUAGUUGAGAUGAAGGAUGGACUACUUUGCAUCGUACAAGGAAUUCUGUCCGUGGUACAGAUUUUAAAGAAUAUGGAAAAAGAGUUGAAACGACAACUCAGCGAAAAAUUUCCUACUCUGUUCAAACAAGUAUAAGUAGUGGUGACUUGAGACGUAGAAACAAAGUAAGAUGGAGAGAAUCACGAGUACACUUGUGAAAGAUUCUGUUCAAUUUUUGUGUUUACGAGGUCAAUACAAAUCAGAUUUACUUGAUGACAGUCGAUUGACAAAAGCAGCUGAUUUAGCAGCCACCCAACAUUUGUUAUUGGAAAGUGAAGCGCCCGAGACAUGGAAAGAACCUCGUCUGAAAGCCGUGGGAAGACAAUUAAGACAAUGGAUUAAACGUGUACGACAGCCCGGUGGUAUAUGGAGUGUAGAAGGGGAUGAGGUGGAAGUUGAGGAAGAGGAUGAUAUGACCAAUUUAGCCAGAGGACCCAUGCAUAAUUUAUUGACACAACUUGUCAAGACUCAGAAAAUUAUAAAAAGACAAGCAACCCCUGCUACUCCAGCCUCCAAAAACGCACAAACAGUCUUCGAGCAAUAAAAAGAAGAGAAAACUUACAUUUCAGACGCCUGAAAGGACAUCGAAAGAAUUAGCCACAGAACUACCUUUUUCUGACACCGUUGGGGAACAUCCUUGGGAUACAGCUGCAGAAAGAACGCAGUCUGCCAUCAAACGGAUUGCACGACAAUCGCGAAAAACAUUAGCGAAAGCAGGAUUGAAACACAAUAAAAAAGGCAUUGUGAAAAAGUUGGAAACUGCCCCUGGUUGGAAACCUUUUGGAACCCCUGUUCAACGUAAACUCGAUGGCAAAGAUUGGACGUAAGAAGACAACCCGAAGAAAACGGAGAGCUUGAUAUCCAGAAGGCCUUGAGUAAAACGGGCAUUGAAUUUCAUAUUCCUGGAGGAUAUCAGUAUGCUGGCCCUGGCACGAAAUUGUCAAAACGUCUGGCUCGAGGGGAUCCUAGGAAAAACCGGCUCGACCGAAUUGCCAAGACCCACGAUAUUACUUACAGCCAUGCCAAGAAUUUAAAAGACAAGUGGUUAGCCGAUGAGGAGAUUAUUAGGUCCAUUGACCGAUUGCCGGGAAAGAAAACCUUAACGGAAAAAAACGGUGAAGAAAAUCAUGCAAGCUAAAAAACGUCUCAAGUUGUAAUGUUUUUAAUCUUAAAAAGUCAAUAAAAGCUCGUGUUGUGUUGUGUUUAUUCACUGAUCUCAUGUUACAUUUUAGUUUUCUUGAGGAGAAAUUGGGCAAAGUGUAAUGUCACAAUACUUUUACUACCCUUUUUAAAGUUUACAAUUUGUCCACUCGUUUCAGUGAUUUGCAGUUAAUGAAGCGCAGUUCCUUUUUUCUGACUUUAUGAAAUCGUUCUUGCUUGGGAUCAAGGUAACUCUCUUGCAGUUAAGUGGAUGAAUAAUAGACUUCUCCCAAGAUGUCUGUCAUUGUAUCUCCGACCCCAGAACUUUUUCCAAGAUUAGAAUAGACAAAGAGGGGUCUGGGGAUGAGGUUUAGACUCUUUUGGAAAGCACUAUUCAACUGAAUAAACCUCCAGUCGUAUUGACCAAUCAACAUUCUUGUUGUUCCCAUUUUUCAAUGUCCGUCCCUUUCACCCACGUCGAACCUCGCCCCUUACCAGCUGUAUCAUAAUACAUUUCGAUUAAACUUUUUUGUGCCAUGCAACUCUUGAAACAAAGACAUUCGAGGGAGGGAGGUUGAGGCUAUGGCGACUUUCCAUCCUUCUCUGUCUAAAGGAAUCUGUUGGGGUAAACGGACUUUAAAAUGAUUGGCUUGGUUGUCUGUAAAUUCCAAACUGGAAUCAAUGGGUAAUGUGAUGUAAAAUUCAUUCAUCGUGAAAUGAUGUCUUAGGUUCUAAAGAUUCUCCUUUUAUACCCUCACUAACCCGUGAUGAAACAAACACACUGAUUUAACAUCUGCCAAUAUUUAUUGAAAGGGAGGUGGGUGCCACCAUGCAAACCUCACCUUCCGUACUUAUUUACGCUGUGGGACAUGUAAACAACUGGUGGUGUUUGCCCUAUAUACAUGACUCAAUCACUAACUUACAAUUCUAAUAAUAUAUAUAUUUCUGGACCAAUACGGGAAUACCCGUACGGAUACGGUUUCUUAGUAGAAACGUCCAUGACCCGUUUGUCAAAGACAAGUCCAUAUUUUUUGUUUCGUUUGGUAAGUUGUAUACGCUUGUUCGUAACAUCCCGAUCAAAGAAAUUAGGAUCUGUACGCAGCAAAUUACGUCAUUCUUCUUUAGGAUCUUCCAACUCUGCCAAAAUGUUAGUCUUCAAAUUUUGAAAAUUCAAUAACGCGGCUCCACGGACAUUGAGCGUGAACCCACGAACCUUGCACUCGACUUUCCCUCCCUGCGUACCGUAACCAUAAUUUUUUGCGCCUCCACGCGCAAAGUCCAAGAUCAUGUCUUCAUCUGUCUCACCAGUCAUUUCUCCAAUGAAGACACCGGUCGGAAUUUCAGGAAGUCCCGGUUUCCAUCUGUAAAUAACGCUGUCGGUGUCGUAAUACAACACUUGUGCCUUGAGUACAUCUAGGGCAUCGCAAAGCUUGAGAUGUGCGUUGCAGAUUGUGAAACUUGCAAUAAAGAUAUUAGUUCUGGUCCCUUUCUUGGCAUUGUCAUCGACAUCGACGGUAACUGCUUCAAGAAUUUCUUUACUGACAAUACGCAACAUUUUAAUCACUGUGGUCUCGUCAUCCAACAAGGCAUGGAGGGCGGCAGGUGACUGAAGGGUGCGGGUGCGCAGUUUAUUUGGACGCUCUCCAAAUUUUCCCCAAAAGAGAUAUAGUAAAAAUGUGAGUUCAAGCACGAGACAAAACCAACAAGUGAAUGAAACAUCAUUUGCAUACCCCUAUGUCAAGUACGGUGUCGUUCAAUUCAAUUAAAAUGCAGUGUUUUACUGCAACUUUAAAAUUGAACAUGCAGACUUUUUCGCACUUUUUCCACACAUUUCCCUCUAAUUUUGAAACACCAUUUGCAGUCGAGGGAUGUUGGUGUUACACUGCAACGUAAAUUUGUAACAUGCAGUGUUUUACUGCAACGUAACUUUCUAACAUGCAGUGCAACAUCAAUUUGGCAAUGGCUUUCCGUCCAGGGUUUUUCUAUGUACGUUCUCCAAGUGGAUGCCUUCUGGUUCUUUGUACUGUUGGAUAUACUCUGCCUUGCUUUCGGGUAUCGUGGAAUGCUCGGGCCAUCCCGCGGACUCUUGCUUAAUUUUAAGCCAAAUAUUGACACAAUCAGCGAACAGCCCCGUCACUUGAUUCUCGGCUAGAAAGUGCCACACUUCAUGGAUUUUCAGGAUCGUAUAGUCUUUCUCUGCAGCACGUACCAGCUUCCGCGUGCACCAGGUCCCCCUCAACUUGCGUUCUUGGUCACUGUGACUGCAAAGGUUCGUUUCCCGAUAUGUAGGAUGUACCAAAAGACCAGGACGUGAACCUUGCGUACAAAUGGCACGUCUCAUUUAAAGUAAGACGCGACUUAGCUAUGACGAGUCCUACAGUAAGCAGAGCUUGUAACACCUAUUCAUAUACAAUACGCUUCUUAGCUGAGACGAAGCAAAACUCGAAUAAAUGACCUUUGGUGCCAAUUAACGGUGCGAAAGUUGUUCAGCCGUGCAGGUGUAGUCUUCUGUGCAACAUAUCAACAAAAAAUUAAUAUUAAAAUUGAUAAAAAUCUCUUCCAUAAACUCCCAUAGACUCCGUCAUUUUUGAAAAAUCCUGUAAAGCUCUAAAAGUUCCGAAAAAAAUCCACAUUUUGUAACUAGGCCGGAGUCUUCCCUGUAUUUUCGACUUGAUUUUAUCCUCGAUGAAGUCCUCCUCAUAACCAACUGUCUGUCAAUCUUCAGUCUGAUUUUCACAAUUUUUUCCAGUGUGUAGUUCAAAUAUAACAUUGUGUUUUCUUUUAUUGCAGCAAUCAAGAGUUUUCGUGGGCGUAGAACUAUUAAUAAGAGUCUCAUCGUUUAACUUGAUGUUGUCUCUGUGGCAGAUUUCAGCAUGCCGGUGUAACUUUGAAACACGCGUCAUGUUGGAUUAAUAUUAGAGAGCUUUAAAUUUCAGGACGAGAGCGAGUACGAGUAGGAGAUUUCAGACUUGAAGUUUUUGCGAGCGUUCUAAAAAACUAGACACGGCAUCAUAGCCCAACUUUCCAACAGCAGAAGGAAUGCUGGCCAAAGCGGCUGUGAAAGUCUUCUCGAAAUUUUAAUUAAAUAAUUUUUUAAAAAUAGUUUCCGUUGUUUUCCGCCAAAUAAAGACCAGAAAACGGCUUCAUUGGAUAACUCCAAACGGCGUUUUUCGCCAAAACUUCCAUUUGCACUCGAGAGAGCGGACUGAUUUUGUAGGAUUUCCUCAGCCUUUACGGUAUAAGCUGUGGUAUUUGCUGAAUCACAAAUAGACAUCCCUUUAAGCGCUUCAUAGACCCAGUUAGGACAUACGUACUGUUUUAGUCCCCGCCAGAUGGGUAGUGCAAGUGUGCCGCGUUUUGUAUACAAAGAGGCACCGGUCUUUAUUUUUUAAAAGUUCAUCGUGCGAGGAGCGGAGCUUUACAGACCUUUACAGUCAAUCCUCUGGAAAAUAGUCAGUUUUUUUCUGUAUUUUUAUAAUAAUCAUUUGUUUGCAUUCAUUAUCCUUUAUAAACUUCUGAUCAGUACUCCAGUUAUAGGUAAUGUAAGACUGUUGUAACUCCUUGCCAAAUACAGAGGAUAAGCCUGUUAUGCUAUUAUGAUUGUAAUGUUUGAGUUCACGUAAAGGUCAUCUUUUUCUUAUAAGUUGGCAGCUGAACAGGCUCAUUGGUCAGAUGCCAUUUCACGCUUUAAAGUAAUGUAAUAAUAAGAGUUUUUCACAUGUUUUGAAAUCACAAUUUUCAUAAUUUACUAUUAUUUAGCCUUAAAUUAUUUUCUUGUUCAUCAUCAGCAUGGGUCAGCUCUCUAACGUCUUCCGUCUUGUAGUUCUCUGCUCCUUUGAGCACGUCACUAAGUGAGCGGUUUGGUUGCCGAGUUGUGACGAUAUCCGGGGGUUUGACGUGUAUCCUUGCUAUGGCCCUGUGCUCAUUCUACACCAGUAUCCUUCAUCUUUAUUUCACUCACGGAGUACUUUGGGUUAUUGGAUUGUCCUUUAGUUACUUUCCUGCGUUCUUGAUCGUCCCUCAGCACUUCAAGAAUUAGAAGCGUCUGUCUCUUGCUACUGGCAUAAUCACUUUUGGCGGGUCCCUUGGUAUAUUGAUACUAAGCCCUAGUUUACAGUGGAUGUUCAACACAUUUGGACUUUCCACUUCGUUCCGCAUUCUUGUUGCUGCUCAUGUGGUAAUUAUUGUCUGUAGAAUGUUGUUUUCUCCUGUGAAAGAGAACAUUAGAGCCUCGGAAUAAACCAAUAAGCAGAGGUGCUUUGAUUGGUCCAUUUGCAAGAAUCAAGAAUUCAUUGUUUUCAUCUUCGCAUUAGGUUUCAACAUGUUAAGCUACCUGGUCCCGUUGGAGGGGUAUCGGAUUCAGAAGGGGCUGCUUCGACAUCGAACUUGACAAAACAAGUGUAUUCUGUCGCAUACUAACCCUAACCCCAAAGGAAUACCACACAAGUUUAGUUUGUCAAAUGAGUUUUAUUGACUUAAAAGUUGAUCGGUUUUAGCUCAUAGGCAUCGUUCUUUAAACGUUCCAUUAAGCGUUUUUGAUACGCUACCAAACUCGCUUCUUUCUCUGGCAGCCAGUUGGGCUUCUUUUUAGCUUCGUUUUUCUCAAACGUCUAAGGUUCAGCACUUUAUGGCCUCCACAAAAAAUGAAUUUGUCUCUGCUUUUCAGGUUCUUCUUGCUUCUUGUUGACAUAAAACUUUUUGGCUUCUUCUUUCUUCUUAUAAUACUCGGCAAUUUCUGGAGUCCAAGCAAACUUACUGGGAAGUCGAAAAUCUUUGUCUUGCUCCUCUUUCUGCUUUUUGGCUUUUUCGCCAAAUUGUUUCAGCCUCUGCUCUUCAGGAAUCAUAUGGUUGCUCACAUAUGUAUCCUUUCUGUAAAAGGAUUCGUGGUUGGGACUUAUAGGUGUUGACUCAAUGGAAGGUAUCAUAUGGUUGCUGAUACUGGUGUAUUUUCUGUAAAAGGAUUCAUUGUUUGGUGAGAGGUUCACAGAUUUCAGGCGUCUCUGUUUGAAGGCCCGACGAUUCUCAUCAAGAGUUGCUGUCAAUCUCUUUAACCAUUCAGGUACAGGUUGAGAGGGUUCUGGAUAUGGUGGUGUAUGAAUCCAUUGAAAAUACUGGCAUGGUCUUCUGGCACCACAAGUUAAAAACACUUUGUUCAUGUUUCUAGCUGUUUACUGAGCCGCAUCUUGGAAAUGAAGUUACAGUGACAUCGAAUGGCUCCCCAUUGCGCACGAAGUUCAGGAUUCAUCUCAUCUUUGAGGGCAUAAUAGACUUUUACUUUACCUUCGAGUUUUCCAUAAUAGCGGGGACAUGUCUGACCUCGAGUACCCCAAGUACCGCUUUUGAUUUGUCUUUUCUCUCCCCCUGUUACUAGAAAAUGUGAUAGAAGAGGGUUGGUAUCUUGAAAAAACGCAGCACCGAUCAUCUUGAUGUCUUUCGAGUGGAAGGUAAAAUGACUGAAAUCAAACUGUUUUUUAUAGAGACUUUUUUGCAUUAACGUCAUUUCAAUUCCCCAAGGAGAGAGACAUGUACAUGUUGAGGCAAGUCCGCUCCGCCCCAACCGUACUCAUAAACAAACACGUAAUGUUUGGUUCAAUCGUGUUUACUUAUGGAAAAGUAAAGCCUCCUACUGGUUCUUGCUUUGUUUUCUGCCGCUUUGUGUUCAUCUCUUUCACCAUGUCAUUUAGCCGCUUUUCAAUAGCUGAUGUUGUAGCACUCUUGGGAAGAGAGGUCGGUUUCAGCGGUUGAUGAAUCUACUGGAAAUACUUGCAGGGGUUUUGAUAUCUUUCACAGCAUAGAAAUACUUUACGCAUACUUCUUGGGGUUUUGCUGAGUUUGAUCCUUGGUACAAAUUAUUUAAACUUCACGCGAUGCUGCUUUCGGUAAACAUCUCGAAGGCGUUUGUAGUCUUCUGCAUAUAAGUCUUGUGCUAUGGGAUGCCAGGGAGGUAAGUAAGUGUCUGCUUGCACACCAGGGUUGGGAACAGCUUUCAAAACAAGUGUCUGAAGAGAGUUCGUUGUGUUCGCUGACCACUGACUUUGUGAAAUGACUUUUGACCGUCAGUGACUUUACGAACUAUUUGAAUAUAAACAAUAAAGUGAUUGACGUCAAGUGGUUCUUAAGAGGGAUUAAAGUAAUAAUUUGUUUAAGUCUGUUAAUCUAGGGACUAAAAAUGGUUAUGACUUUUACAUUUAUGUUGGUUCCUAAAAGAGCCAUUUGUUGUUUACCUACAACAUUCUGCAGGGUUUAAUAGGCAUAAAAGCCACGUUUUUGUUGGUAAUAUCCCCACGAAAAGGGAUAACCUGAAAUGAUUUGGAACUUGACAGAGAUUUUCGUGUUGUGCGAUUAGUACACGAAAAUAAACUUCGUGGGAAAACCCCACGGACAGGUUCCUAUUACUUUCUUCAUUUCAAAUACAUACAUAUAGUGUACAGCAUGCCCUCGUCUGCCUCCACUCUCGAUCAAUUCCACGUCUUCUCUCUGUUCCCACGUCCGACGGGUUAGCAACCCAAGUGUCGCUGCAAGCUGAAAUUUCGAACAAGCUUACUCGCUCGUAAGAUUUAUUCUUGAAAUGGUGAUAACUUAAGGCAUUACUGAUUACAAUUUAACUUUUAAUCAACUCCAUUACAAACUGUGUUGUCUCAACCAAGACAUUUAUGAAAAUCUCACCAAAAAAGCCAUUACUUGUACUCUGUGGAGAAGACCCAAGGGGAAAGUUACCAGAUAGAAUGUUUUGUUUAACCUUGGAAACCAGCUUGCCCAAACAUGCCUGAUGAUGUCAUUUCGCUUAUAAAGGCUUUGAAGAAUAGACUUCUUUCCACUUGAAUCAUGUUGCGAUCGACCACGUUUACGAUUGUGACUGGAGGUGCUUUGGGUGUGGAUUUAGAAGCUGAAAAGAUUGCUAGAUAUCAUGGAUUACAAGUAAACGUUCUUAUUCCACCUUCUCAUCCAAGAAGCAAGUCUCUUCCACCAUUGUCUCAUACCACUCUCGCUGAAGUUAUCCCCGCCACCCGACAAUCUGCCUUCCGUCUCUAUAAACAACUGGAAAAUUCGAUCAGUUUGCAAUAAAUUCAUCGCAACUAUCAUGUGGUGAAGAAUUAAGUCAUGACUUUGGCGUUUGGUUGUUUUCAAUCCAACAGUAAUAUGCUGCAUGGGGGAACAGGUUGGGCAUUGGAAUUUGCUAAACUGUUGCGAAAGAUACUAUAUGUCUUUGAUGUGGAAAGAAACAUAUGGUUGUGGUAUCAUCUAGAUCAAGAUUUGUUUUAUGCGUGUGAUCAAAUGUCAGAGGAACAAUUUGCUGCACCUACGUUUCUGUCAAGAACCUCCAUAGUGGGUGUAAGGAACAUUUACGAUUACCCGGAUGCUUUAUUGGAACUCAAUAAUCUUUUUAAACGUAGUUUGUAUUUGCCUUGUAGAGAAUAAAAAUCCACAGCAUGAAGGAUUUUCGUAAACUGAUCAAUGACAUUCUUUUCUUUCUUCUCCAUAACAAUGAAAUGUGUUAAGGUCAAUAUAGGACUUGAGCCAGGCUACCUGCUUGAACUAAAGGAUUCGAUAGAAUACUUCUCUGUCAUUGAAAGUUAAAGAAGCUUUCGUUUCGUUAUUACGCAUGCGUAAUCAUUUCUCCCACAUGUCCGCUUAAGUAACCAUUCGCUUCCAAAACGUUUUUAAAACGUUUUUGACGCACGUUGGUACUGCGCAUGCGUAUUUUGCGUAGCCUCCAACAAGUCUAAGAGUCUGGACUAAGUUCCACAUAUAAAGGUCUCUUGUAUCUCAUUACCACAGUUUAUGAAUGCAAUAAAGCCGCAUUCCAAGUUUCAGUCUUGCAAUUUUAUAUAAAGCAACAAUGAUUAAAGUUAGUAAAACUACGGAUUCCCUCUUAAAAAAGAAGUACACUUUACUGCACUUUCUGUGGCUUGGUUUUUAGUUUAACAGGUAAAAAUUAUGAAUAAUGGUUUAUCGAAAAUCGUUAUUAGCUUCUACAAUAAUAAUUAUAAACGAAAUCACACUCACCUGGUUUAUUUUGCGAUGUCCACACUGACGCAUCGCAGUUUUUAAUAGCCGGAUAAAUUCCCGGUCGAAUUCACACAUAAAAGAGAGAAUGGUAGGCUUUUCAAGCAAAUUAUUUUCCACGGUAGACGAAAUUGAAGUAUUGUGUUUAUUGCAGGUUUUAGCUAACCAUCAACCGGUAAGUGCCGCCCCUUGCACUCUCUUAUCGGCUCUUAUUUGCUCAUGUUUUUGAAAGGAUGCACUCCACAAUUUCUUCUUUCUUUUCCAGCUGGGCCUUUCAGUACCUUUCUCCUUCUUUCUUUGAAGGUAAUGUGUGGUGCCCUCAGUGAACCCACAUGAUCAAUAUACCUGGCUGAUGCCCCAGGGCAUCACAGCACCCAAAGCCACCAGCAAUCUGCUCUCCACUUUCUACCUCUUACGAAAGAUGAUCCCGAUGAAAGAACCUGCAUAUGUCCUUAAUGGAGACCUUUUGGGAGGACAAAGUUGAUUUUCAAGCUCAUUUAUAUCUCCCAGCCUAAUUUCACUGUAUAAAAGCUGAUCUUCAGUGGUGUCCCUACAUCUAGCCAUGAUGUAAAUGUGAAGCUUCUCUACUAACUCCUGAACAUUCUUUCCAUGGAGCUCUUCAGAAGUGUAGUAGAAUGCAGGAUCAUAGAUUGCAUUUACAGUUAGCAGAAGGUAGCCAUGGUUCAUAAUGCUGGAAUGUUCUGACGAGAUCAUGAGAUGUCUUGUGCAUUCAUGUCACUUUAAUACCUUUAAUAACUCCUCCCUUAGUCCAUCUAUUUUUAGCUCUCCAAGCUCCCUUAAGCGACUUUUUUUAUGUCAUCUGCACUCACGCAAUUGUAGUGGGCAUCUGAGUGGUCUCUGACAAGAUCUUCCUUCUCAUGCUCCUCCAAAAGCGCUUUAAGAAUCUCAAGCAAAGGUAUCUUCCUUCCGCUAACUGUGAAAUACCCUGUUUUUAAUGUACCGUCAGGCUUUAGCAUUAACUUCUUGUAGCGUUUUGGUGCAAUGAUCUCUCCUAAGCGAUAUUCUCCAGUCCUAAUCUUGGCCCUCAAGGUUUUUCGUAGGGCAGCAUUGGUACGGGGGAUAGGUGUUGUGAUUUCACCACCAAACAUUCUGUUGAGGAGUCUUCUUGUCACAGGCUGAGCAUUUUUUCUUGGACCUGUAAACUUUGCCACAUCCACCCCUUUAGUUUGAACUCUUUCACCACCAUGUUUCCCAUCUUACUUUUCUCUGCUGCUCCAUACUUCCUGGACAGUUCUGAAUAAUUGAUCUGAAAAGUAUGUGGAAGAUUUAGCAUUCUUGUCUAUCCCUCAGUUUUCUAAUUAAAAAUAAAUGGUGCCAUAAAGUGCUCAUCAAACAAAGACAUCUGCUUUUGUUUUUCUGUUUUAAGCAGAACCGAGUGAUUAACGUUAUCUACAAAAUAAUCACUUGAUUAUGCCUCAUCACAACUAACAUUCUCACCUUUUCACCUUCUUUCAUUGAAUUUACUUCUUGCAGGAGGCCCUCCUUGUCAAAGUCAAUUGACGCUGGAUCAGGAGAAUGACGCUUCUUUUUGCGCAGACCAGCCUCCUUAAGUGCCUUCCUCUUCAAAGUUCGAACGCUUGCCUCAUGGAAGGACUCGAAGUAGAGAGAUUUUCUUUGGAGCUCUCUCUGCUUGUAUGCUUUCCGCGUUCCCUGCAUUGUGUCACAGUCAACCUUAGACCACUGGUCUUCUGUUUUGCGUUUGAUAGACCUUAAAGUUUCCCUUCUUUUUUUUGUUUUUGCGCCUUAGUUUUUGAUUGUGUUACACCAAUUUCAGGUACUUUUGUUAAGGCUUCAGCGAGGUUCACGUUGUAGAGACUCACUCUUAAAUGGUUCGUUUAUUUUGAAAUAUAUCUGCUUUGCAGUAUCCUGAAUAGUUCCUUUAGUAGGUUUUACAACUUUCGCAGUUUUCUUUUGUAAGAUUGUCACUUCCUUUGCACAUGCAGACAUCAGGUUGUUCACCUUAAGUCGGUUAGACUUCAACUGGAAUAGUGACUGCACACGCACAUGAUUAACCGCACAUGCAUUGCAAUUAGAUAUUGUGUGCAAUCCUCUCUUUACUGUUAAAGAGACUUCUACGCUGUAGGACUAAAAUGCGUCAAGUAUUUUGCUUCGUCUUCUCCCCGACAUUUAUCAAAGUUUUUCAGCAACACAGGUAGUCUCUGGUCAAAAAUCUUCUGAGUAACAGCAAAUGUCUCUUUAUUGUCUGAAAAUGUACUCAAAAACUUCUGUAGACGAAUGCCUUUGUCACGAAUAACUUUUCUAUUCUUGUCCAACAUACUGUUCUUUGCUGCCACACUCGACAAGCCACAGUUAAAAAAUCCCGCCAUUACAUCGACGAUUUGAGCCAAUUUUUUUCCUUGUUAGGAACUGAUUCUCUCUGUAGCGAUGGUAAUUUUUUGAAUUCUUGCGAUUUAUAGGCACUUAAGUUGGUUUAGAACAGUGGAAAAAAUUUUCAAUGAAGAACUUCGGAAACUACACCUUGCGAUUGAACCCAACAUGCAAAUCUAAAAAUCGCGCCAAAUCUGCGAGUAUAAUUUAGAAUAGAAACAUGAUAUCUUAUUUAUAGACAAUCGUUGUUAUUAGAGCCAAAGCACAAAAAUUUAGGCGCACAUUCUCGAGGAAAACGGAAUUGAUUUAUAACAACGAACAAAGAGGGAUCGAAAUAAAAACCUCGCAUCUUAUUUACUGUUAAGACAAAAUGUAAAACGCACAGAGACAAAAUAACAUCUCUACUGUAACUAAAUCCUUUUAAUUCAAUAGAAUCGCGAAUAUAAUUUACAAAAAACGAAUGUUAGAAUGAAAAACUUACAAAUCUUAUGCAACACAGUCCAUUGCAAGAUCGUCCACCAUUUUGAAAAUGAACGUGUUGCUAUGGCAACAUCCUCGGUUUUAGUCUCCCUGACGUUGAGCCGUGUGCUCAAAUAUAGCGGACAAGUCGGUCACUUAGUACAAUAUUAAGUCGGAGGAAUACGGGAUCUUCUCAUGGCUACAAGUGAUUUCUCUACGUUCCAAAAGCAAGAGCUUCUAAUAAAAAACUAGGAUCUAAACGGGUUUUUCUGUUUUUCUUUAAAUUAGAACUAGGAUUGCUGUCGUUUUAACCUAAGUAACAAGGAGUGGAAAUUAAGAAAAAAUUAAAAGGUAUUGAGGAUGCUUUUCCAAAUUCCCUGAUUAAUUAGCAAUUAUUUAGUUUUUAAAGAAUAUAUUCUAAUGUUUUUCCCAGAAUUUCAUUCAGGAUGAAUUGUCGUUAAACAUCCGCCAAAACAAGAGGACCAAAAUCGCCCCAAAAUAUCGUUGUAAGCAACGGUCAAGUCACGUGACUUACUCUGAAUAUUAAGCUUCCGAAAUUGUUUCGGUCUACGUAAAAGAAAAGUCUCAAAAAAGUAGUUCAAAUUUUUUAGAAUUUUCUUUCCUAUUUUUAACCAUUUUUCACAUAACCCCAUUCCUUAACUCACGUGAGAAUGAGUGUUCUUAGGAAUGGAAAUUUCGAUAUGUUUCUCAUGAAUUGCGAUAACGUACGCAAUUAGGUGAGCUCCGAUCUGCCUAGUGGCAUGCUGUGGACUCAACCCUUGGCCGGACCACAACUAAGGUCUUUAACCCUUUGACAACUGUCUGGGUCAAUUCCAUUUUCUCAAGAACGAUGCAGAUUGCCCAUUUCUCAACGACUUAUGUUUAGAACAGAAUAGAAUAGAGAAUUAAUUAUUUAUUCAAACACAGUAAAAAUCAUCAGGAGUAAAACAAAAUUGAAUAAACCUAAUUACCCUUAACAAUGUGCAAAACUAUCUACAACUAACCUAACAAAGACCUGUUUUUCAUGAAUGCCGUGUACACAGUACUUAAAAAAAACAGAAAUUCAGAUGAGCCAAUCGUUUAAAUUGACUUAAAGAUUUAGCCUCUCAUAUCACAGCGCAGGCUGUUCCGCUAUAACUAAGCUGUUCUCCAUGAAGGUAGUUCACGGGAACGAGACAAUUAGUUUGUUAUCAGAGUCUCUUAGGGAGUAGUGCGUUUCAUAUCGUUUAACAAAUUUAGAAGAUAAAUGUCCUGGAACAAGAUCAUUUAAAGACUUCUAACCAUUAGGGCUUUUUGUAUUUGAAACUGAGUGCUCAAGUCAUUUCAAUAAAGUUGUGUAAAUAAGCGGUUGCCAUCAGCAUCAUAUCGAGAAAAGGUUAGAACACGAGCAGCACGGUUCUGAAGCUUCUGUUGACUGUCAAACAAAGGUAACAGACCCGUAGCCAGGUUUUUUUUCAGGGCAGGUGCGAUCCAACGAGGAGACGGACCAAAUGAGACCUGAGGGGUAAGUCUCUGGGUGGGGGGAGCUUUGGUUGUCUGAGAUUGAAUUGCGUAGCAAUUAGGCUGGCUCUCUUUGAACGCGUUAGCGUGAGGCACCUGGCAUGGGAGGGGGGAAGGGUCCGGGGAGAUGCUUCCCGGGAAAAUUUUUAAAUUUAAGCCCUCUGAAAUGGCUGGAAAUACAUUUAAAACUAACAUGGUGUGGUGAAACAUAUACUUUCAACAACAAAGAACGUCGCCAUAAAAAAAACCUUUUCUCCAUAAAGAGUUGUGCAGCUUUAAAAAGAGUGUUAAUAUCCUCCAAGCCACAUAAGAAGAGCUGGGUUCAGUGUGUCAAAGCUGACGGGAAUUCUCACACUCACGGACUGUUAAAAUAACAAUUCAGAUCUAGAACUUUGCAGAAAACUAUGGCAAACAAAACCUACAGGGAUUUUUUGUUGAGCAACGGAGAAAUGCCUUGUACGUAGGCACACCAAAUCCCCUUUUUACACUUUACGAAGCGAAAACGCGUUUUGUGGAAAGGGUGCGGGGGGUCAGGCUUGUGUCCUCUUUUACAGCGUUUUCAAUUUCACUACACAAUCAGUAAAUUAGAAUAGAACAAUACUCCAAUACUCCUUCUUCACAUUCUUUUUAAGUCGUUGAUCAAUAAAAAAGUGGACCCCUGGCGCCGCCUGGGAGGGGGGGUGGAGGGGUGCGAGCGCACCCGUCCUCCCUGCCCUACAGGCCUAGGUAGUGUAAGUGAUUAGGUUGGUAAGCAGCGAUCUUUGCGCAAAUAACUCACUUGGGAAAUUAUAACCAAUCCAGCUUGAGUUACACACCGAACAAAAACAACAACAACAACAAAACAAUUCACUGACUACUCUUUGCAAACUGAAUUUCUCACUUUCCUGGACAGUUGGCGGGGCAAACCUCCCUAGGAAAAACGAUCAGCUAAGUAGCAAACUAGGUAAGAGAAGAAAUGAAACAGGAAAAAAAAGGAGCAAUGUAUCAAAUUAUAGUUAGUAGAGGAGACUGGUUAUGAAAAUCGGCAAAUAUCAAAUUUGAAAACAGCGGUGCUGUAGUUUAUGUUGGAAGCUCCCCGCCCUUGAAAAAUCUUUUUUUUUUUUUUGUUUUCAAAUUACGACUGAAAAAAUUAAUGCGAUAUUUGUAUUGGUCAGUAAGUUCAAAAUGAUAGGAAAUUUUGCUAUGAACAUUGUGCAAGGUCAGGUCCAAAAAAGCUAACAAAAAAAUAUAAUACCAAAAAAGUAUAAAAGGUUUCCUAGAAAAAAAAAAAUAAUAAAUUUGGUUUGUAUUUACGCAUGUGCUAAAAGCACAAUGAAAGGACGUCAACUUACGUCAGUAAAGUAUGACAUAAUAAAGUGUUGUAAACCCCAUUUAAGGGUAUUUCCUUGCCUACAGCGGAAAACCGGUGGAAAAAGGAUAAUUUUUGUAUGUAAUAGGACUACAUGCUGUCCAAUUUGGAAUAGCUGGAUGAAAAAAAUCCCGAGGACAGCGAAAAUUGGACGAGGUCGUGGCCGAGAGUCCAAUUUAAUUCAUUUAAUUCCAAAUUGAACAAGCAUGUAGUCCUUUUACUUAUUAGUUAUAUAGCUGGUUAGUUAAUCCAGAUUUUUUAGCGUACACUCGAACCGUAUGUACUUGAAACAAAAUGCCACUGAAAGAUCUGAAAAAAGUGUCAACUUAUUCUUUACAAGUGAGCAAAAGUAGAACUAGUACUUUCUCUUUCAUACUUUGGCAUUUUGUAGUCAAGUGUAAGCUUAAAAUUUUAUAGAACUCCUUCAAUUAUGCGGUGUUGUGAAAACUGCAAUCUCGAGUACAAAGAAGACAAAGCAACAACGCAAAUGCUCAAUUUAAACACGAAAACUAUUGACGUAAACAUUUUAUUCAUUAAAUCAAACGAUUUCCGCAGACUUUGUCCUGGAAACAGCAGCAAAACAAAACAACAUUCAUUGCAACAAGAAGCCAAACGUGUUCGCCGACGAAACGCCGUCAGCCAAGGAGACUUUUUUGGCGCGCUGUCACAGGGAUUUUUUGCUGAUUAGCUAGUUUGCAUUGUCUAUUGUAUUUUCUAGCAUUUGAUCGCCUCAGACCAGCUGUCCGAUUUUUUCUUAAAUUGGACAGUUUGCCUAUUUGUAAAGGAAAGUCCUAUCUGAAACUAUCCAAAAUAAUCCUUAAUUGUACAGUUUGUAAAAAUUAAAGAACAAUCCACGGUGGUCGGUUGCUAGGGCUUUUGCUCCCACACCUCUCAAAACUGAGAGUUUUUGGCCACAGAGAGAAGUAGAAUGCAUCGAAUGUAACAAAACUUGGCAAGGAAGUAAGUUGAUAAAUUACCUAUUUAUUGGUUUUAUUUCAUCCCAUGUGACUUCUAUUAUGACGUCAUAAAUGAUGUCCAAAUUUGGCAUCAGAAAGAAAAUUCAGGAAAGAAAUGGUAAAACUUUUACAUUAGUUUUCUGUAUAGAAUUCUAUGAUUUCUGGUGAAAACCCCAUCUCAAUCGGAUGAAAAGGCGCAAAGUUACAUUUGAUUAAAGAAAUUCAAAUUUCCCGCCAAAUGACCAUAUAUGGUCAAACUUUAGGGGUAUUUUAACGCGAAAACAAUGAAGGUAGUCGCAACGGAGAAAAGACAAAUUUGCAUAAAAACAAAAUUGUAGUUUUUUGAGUUUAGGAUGUAUGGUCUAUGACGCGUAUUUCGUCACGAAUUACGUCAUUUUGACGUCAUAAUGACGUAAUUUGUGACGAAGUACGCGUUAUAGCACCACAUAUACCGAAUUCAAAAAACUACAAUUUUGAUUUUAUGCAGCUUUGUCUUUUUUCCGUUGUAAAUACAUUCAUUGUUUUCGCGUUAAAAUACCCCUAAAGUUUGAUCAUAUAUGGUCAUGAGGCGGGAAAUUUGAAUUUCUUAAUUACCUGUAACCUCACGCCAUUUUAUCCGAUUGAGAUGGGGUUUUCACUGUAAAUAUUGUUUUUCUGUAACAAAAAUGUUUGUAACAUUUUGAACACUGUUUUGCAAAUUUUUAACGUUGUUACUAAAAAUAGGUGUCACUUAUGACGUCAUACUUUCACGAAAAGUCAAAAAUACCUUUACAAUUGUAAAAAUUUAAAGAAAACUUUUCUCCAAUUAAGAUGUUCUAAUGUUUUGAUUCAUUUGAAAUAUAAACUACCCCUCUGUAAGCCAGAAAUUGAAUUUAAGAACCUAAUGGGAGCAAAAGCCCUAGCAACUGACCAUCGUGAUCGCUUUGCUGACAAUAUCGGAUUAGCUUACAGCUAUAUAAUUAGGUAAAAAAUAUUUUUCCCAUUAGUGAAAGGCCGUCACAAAAGUGUUAUUAAUAAAUACCUGAGGUGAAAGUGAAUCCUUUGUAAUCUCAUCUUAAAGUGGUUAGACUUUCAAGUCUUUUUUGGAUAAGGACGAUAAACUGCAGUCCCUGUCUCCAAAUCCUUUCAGAGGCAGGGAACGAAAUACAUGGUAUGGUAGUCUAUUUUUGACAGCAUGUGAUCGGCCUCACUGGCUUAUCUUCAAGGGCUUCCAACACUCAGGAAACUCAAGAACUCAGGAAGCUUGACGUCAACUUUGCCAUGACUGCUAUAACCUUACAGACUUAAAUGCAAGCUAACGUUUUAUUUAUCAUCAUAAUAAAAUAAACACAGAGGUUAAAGAAAGGCGUUUUUGUUGACUUCGCAGGCGUGGGAAGCCCAUGAAGCUAUACUGGUAGACGGUUACUUUGUAACACGUCAGCCCUAUGAAGGCAAGGCUGAUGAUUACCGGUAUGGCGCUAGAUACAAGAAACCAUUUUCCCCCAGAUUUCCACAUUUUGAGGUAAGAAUACACUUCUUUCACGAUGACAUCAUUUAAAUACAGCCGACAAAAUGCUUUAAGGGCCAUAUAAUCUCUCAUUUCAUGCUACGUCAUGGGGUGACACGCCGAGGUUGGUUACUCGAUCUGCCAGACCUAUCAAUGUUGAAAUUUUGCUCAGAAGCAAAAUUAUUUCUUUUGAAGGUGAUGAUUCUGGAAAGUGGGGAAACACGAUGGCUGGGGAUAGGAGUGGUGUUUGGCGAUUACGGCACAAACUUGUUUCCUGGAUGGACCAAGGGAACGGUUGGAUAUCACACAGAUGACAGGAAAAUUUUUGAUAAACUAGCGAGCUCUCACGGGAGAAAGACCAUAGGUUUGUAAUCUACAUUUUGUAUUUUGAUUACUAAGGCAAAGUAUUACAUUGGAUGACAGGAAAAUGUACGAAACACUAGAGAGAAACAAUGGAAGACAAUCUGAUUCAAGGAAGCAUAACUAUUGCACUUGAAAAUAUUUUGGGUUACAUGAAUAAGUUAGUCCUAAAGAGUGUAGCUCGGAAGGCUGACGAAAAGGAAAAGUCGCAGUCAAAGUUUUUGAUGAGUCCGUCCUAUUUUUGCUCAUUUUAUAUUAUUGAUUUUCGCAUUAAAUAACCCACGCGACAGUUUUUACUGAAAAAAAAGUUGUAAUGUUUCAGAUGCAUUACUAAGAGUGUCUACUAGGGUGAUUUUUAACCCUUCGAUUUGUAAAGAUAGUUGAUGGUUGGUAAGGAGUUUAAUUAUUGUUGUUUGUUUUUUCCAUAAUAAGGCUCUACCGCAGCUCGCCGAGGUGACGUCAUUCGAUGCACUGUCAUGUUUGAAGACAAGCUAGAGAUAGAUGGUCAAAUCUAUAUUCCAGUUGUUUUUAGUGUAAACGGAAGCAAGAUAAUUCCGGAAGAUAAGAACCCACCUUAUAUUGAAUACAGCAUGGGCAGACCUCUGUUCCCUUACCUGGCCUUUCAAUACGAAAACAGCGUUCUUGCUAAGGUAAAUUACCGC